AUGGCGGCGCAGGCGGUGGUGCCAGCGAUGCAGUGCCAGGUCGGAGUGAAGGCGGCGGCGGCCGCCCGGGCGAGGCCGGCGGCGGCGGGAGGCAGGGUGUGGGGCGUCAGGAGUAGGACCGGCCGCGGCGGCGCCUCGCCGGGGUUCAAGGUCAUGGCCGUCAGCACGGGCAGCACCGGGGUGGUGCCGCGCCUCGAGCAGCUGCUCAACAUGGACACCACGCCCUACACCGACAAGAUCAUCGCCGAGUACAUCUGGGUCGGAGGAUCUGGAAUCGACAUCAGAAGCAAAUCAAGGACAAUUUCAAAACCAGUGGAAGAUCCCUCAGAACUACCGAAAUGGAACUAUGAUGGGUCAAGCACAGGGCAAGCCCCGGGAGAAGACAGUGAAGUCAUUCUAUACCCCCAGGCUAUCUUCAAGGACCCAUUCCGAGGUGGCAACAACAUUUUGGUUAUCUGUGAUACCUACACGCCACAGGAGGAACCCCUUCCUACUAACAAACGCCACAGGGCUGCACAAAUUUUCAGCGACCCAAAGGUUGUUGAACAAGUGCCAUGGUUUGGCAUAGAGCAAGAGUACACUUUGCUCCAGAAAGAUGUGAAUUGGCCUCUUGGCUGGCCUGUUGGAGGCUACCCUGGUCCCCAGGGGCCAUACUACUGUGCCGUAGGAGCAGAGAAAUCAUUUGGCCGUGACAUAUCCGAUGCUCACUACAAGGCGUGCCUUUACGCUGGAAUUAACAUUAGUGGAACAAACGGGGAGGUCAUGCCUGGUCAGUGGGAGUACCAAGUUGGACCUAGUGUUGGCAUUGAAGCAGGAGAUCACAUAUGGAUUUCAAGAUACAUUCUUGAGAGAAUCACAGAGCAAGCUGGGGUUGUCCUUACCCUUGAUCCAAAACCAAUUCAGGGUGACUGGAACGGAGCUGGCUGCCACACAAAUUACAGCACAAAGACCAUGCGCGAAGAUGGAGGGUUUGAAGAGAUCAAGAGAGCAAUCCUGAACCUUUCUCUGCGCCAUGAUCUGCAUAUUAGUGCAUACGGAGAAGGAAAUGAAAGAAGACUGACAGGGAAACAUGAGACUGCUAGCAUCGACACCUUCUCAUGGGGUGUGGCAAACCGUGGCUGCUCUGUUCGUGUGGGGCGAGAUACCGAGGCAAAAGGGAAAGGUUACCUGGAAGACCGUCGCCCGGCAUCAAACAUGGACCCAUACAUUGUGACGGGGCUAUUGGCUGAGACCACGAUUCUCUGGCAGCCAACCCUUGAAGCGGAGGUUCUUGCCGCCAAGAAGCUGGCGCUGAAGGUAUGA